AUGGAAGAUGGAUUUGCUUCAAGGGAUGAAACAAUCCGUCUUCUAUCUACAAGAGUAAAGGAGUUGGAAGAACGAGGAAAUUGGUCAUUUCAGUCUGGUGGUUUUUACACUGGCGAGGCUUCAAGAGGCUCAGGAAAAGAUAUUGAGAAUGAAGAACAUGCUGAGAAGGAUGACGAGGAACGAAGUGAGAAAGAGGACGAAGAACAUGCUGAGAAGACAGAUAUUGCUGAGGUUGAAGGUGGGGAAGAGGUAGAGAAAAAUGGUGAGAAGGAUGCUGAGAAGAAUAGUGAGAAGGCAGCUCUUGUUGAGAAUGAGGCCAAGGAAAAUUCUGAGAAGGAUGAUGAGAAAGAAAGUGAGGAAGAGGUUGAGAAAAUCGGUGACAAUGAUGCUGAGAAGAAUAGUGAGAAGGCAGCUAUUGUUGAGAAUGAGGCCAAGGAAAAUUCUGAGAAGGAUGAUGAGAAAGAAAGUGAGGAAGAGGUUGAGAAAAUUAAUGAGAAUGAUGCUGAGAAAGAGGCUUUGGAACAACUUCAGACGAUGCUGGAAGAAGCUGCAGAAAAAUUCGAAAAAAAUGUUGCUGAGAAGACUGAUGCUGCUGAGUUACCUGCUGAAGAUAAUGUUGGUGAGGAGGAUAAUGUUGGCGAGGAGGAGAAGGAAGCGGUAGUAGAUGAUGAGAUGGUUGAAGAUGAGGAUAAGAGGCCAAAGAGGUCUCAUAAACCGUCUCGUUCACUCAGGUCUCCUUAUGAAAAGUAUCCCCCAAAGUGA